AUGGCGGCGGUGCCCCUGCGGCCCUACACAGCCGCCGGCCGCCUCCUGCCGCUGCUGUGCGGGGGGGCGAGGAGCAAGGGAGCCUCCCUGAGGGCCGGGGCGCUGGGCCGCCUCACCCAGCGGCGCUACAAGAAGGACGUGCUGCCCUCCCCCGAGAGGCCCGUGCCCUCCGUCUCCAUCACCGAGAUCCGGCAGUACUUGCGGGCCCAGGGCAUCCCCUUUCACGAUGGGUACAGCUGCCUGCACACCCCCAGCCUCUUCACCGACGGCCACCAGGACCAGCCGCCGGCCGCCAGCGCCCCUUACACGCUUUUCAUCGACAAGAUGACGGGCAGCUUCCUGUGCACAGCCACUCUGGCCGAGGGCACCUGGCAGGACUUCCAGGCCAAUGUGGAGCUGCAGCACCGCGGCAUUCCCACCACCGGCAUGGAGGAGCUGGAGAAGGACGUGCAAUGGGCUCGCGAGGACGCCCGCUGCAUCUGGGACCGGGCACUGCCACUCUGGGAGCUGCUGGACAAGGACGAGACCAACAAGACCAAGGCCAUGUUUGGUAUCUCCCUGCUGACGGACGCCACCCUAAAACGCUUUGGGGUGCGUUACCUGAGGACUGCCCAGUCCCUUGUCUUCCCCUGGUUCAGUCCCCGCGAUGCAACGCUGAAGGGCCUGAAGCUCGUGAGGGUGGAGAAGAAGGGGGAUGUGAUCACUUACGUGGAAGAGACUUUACCCCGCUUCGAAUCCUACCGCAAUCUCUUUGGGCUGCCCCUGAUUGGCCGCCGAGACACAGAGCUGGUCUUAACUGGGUGGGAGCUGGACGCCCUGGCCCUGCACCAAGCUACAGGGGUGGCCAGCCUGGCCCUGCCGCGGGGGGCCACCUGCCUGCCCCCUGCCCUCCUCCCCUACCUGGAGCAGUUCAAGCGCAUCACGCUGUGGUUGGGCGAGGACCUGCACUCCUGGGAAGCCGCCAAGCUCUUUGCCCGCAAGCUGAGCCUCAAGCGUUGCUCCCUAGUGCGCCCCUGCAACCUGCAGCCCCGGCCCUUGGAGGCUCUGAACCAGGGCCUGAACCUCACCAAGAUCCUGCGUACUGCCCUGCCCGCCAGCCACAAAUCCAUUGUCUCCUUCCGGAAGCUGCGCGAGGAGGUGUUCGGGGAGCUGGUCAACACUGAGCAGGUGGCCGGCGUCAAGUGGGCGCGCUUCCCUGAGCUCAAUAAGCUCCUCAAAGGACACCGCAGAGGGGAGCUCACCAUCUUCACAGGCCCGACGGGCAGCGGGAAGACGACCUUUAUCAGUGAGUACGCGCUGGACUUGUGCAUGCAGGGGGUGUGCACGCUGUGGGGCAGCUUCGAGAUCAGCAACAUCCGCCUGGCCAAGAUCAUGCUGACGCAGUUCGCUUUGCAGCGCCUGGAGGACCAGCUGGAGCUGUAUGAUGAGUGGGCUGAUCGCUUCGAGGACCUCCCACUCUACUUCAUGACCUUCCAUGGCCAGCAGAACAUCAAGACGGUGAUUGACACCAUGCAGCAUGCCGUCUACAUGUAUGACAUCACCCACGUGGUCAUCGACAACCUCCAGUUCAUGAUGGGACACGAGCAUCUCUCUGCGGACAGGCUCGCUGCCCAGGACUACAUUGUUGGUGCCUUCCGCAAGUUCGCCACAGACAACACCUGCCACAUCACACUGGUCAUCCAUCCCCGCAAGGAGGAUGAUGAGAAGGAGCUGCAGACGGCCUCCAUCUUUGGCUCUGCCAAGGCCAGCCAGGAGGCCGACAAUGUCCUCAUCCUGCAGGACCGUAAGCUGGUGACGGGGCCAGGGAAGCGCUACCUGCAGGUGUCCAAGAACCGCUUCGAUGGGGAUGUGGGCAUCUUCCCCCUGGAGUUCAGCAAGGCCUCGCUCACCUUCUCGUCCUCCAGCAAAAGCAAGGUCAAGCUGAAGAAGAUGAAGGAGGAGAAGGCGCUUUUAGCCAAGAAAGCUCCAGAGGGAUGCUUAGGAGACUCUAAGAAGCUGUGAGCCUGGCAGGUCUCUUCCUUGGUCCAUCUGGAGGGACGGGGACUGGUGCUGGGAGCACGGGGCUGGGGUACGCCAGCCCCUCUCCCCCCGGCGCAGCAGCCAUGUGCCGCUGUGGCCCUUUCUCCUCCUGCAUGAACAAGCCUCUUGGCCGCUAGCAUGGUGUACCCGAGAUGUGGGGCCACCGUGAGAGGAGGAGUGGGCUCGUCCAAGAGAAGAGCUGCCAGGGGAGGGUGCUUUGGCAAACGCUGGCCACUCUGUACUGGUGCUGAGUGCCGGGAGCACGGGGUAGGGGGGAGUGGAGUCAGUGUAGGCUGGGUGAUGGGGGGCAGUGACCUUCAGC